UCGGUGGACUCCCAUGUUUGGAACAACCAGGGAGACGAAAACACUACAAAGAGAGGUCGGGGGUUCAUGAGGGCCUGGCUCACAGAAUUGUAAGUGUGGCAUGCUGGCAAAACUGAACAACUGAUCAUCAGAUACAGGUCAUGGUAUAAGCAUGGCUUCUCAGAAUGCUCAGAGUUUCCUCCAGCCACUCUCCUCCUGGAUGUCCCGGAUGUAUGAAGCUGUCCAACAAGCAGGAGACUCCUUAUCUUCUUCGUUGGUCAACUUGAGCAGAGUGGACCACAAGUUGGAGGAAGAUGGAAACCAGGACUUAGAAGACAGUGAUGGCAGUUAUAAGGACUACUCUGAAGAUUCAGAAGAUGAAGGAAGCUUCACCCAGAACAUGAAAGGUGCUGAGCAUGUGCAUCUUGAAGACAGUCACUUUCCAUCAACAAGUCAGGAUCUUGAUUCCCAGGCACCUGCCAGUGGCUCCAACAUGAGUCUGCAAUGGCAAAAAAGAGUGAGAAGUGGCACCAACUCCUCAGAGCAACGUCCAGACGACACCAGCUCUCUGUCAUCCCAGGGAUUUUACCAAGAAUAUGACGAUCACGAGCUGCUAGGUAUGCUUCCUACCAUACCCGAAGAGGAAGGCUACCUCAACAGGCAGAUAAGGGAUCUUCAGCAUGACCUUGAUGUGGCUGGCUCAUUAGAAAAUAUUAAUGGAAAGGCAUGUGUGGAAGUGAACAGUUAUGGGGAGGAUGAAGAGCUAACCACAUCUUCAGAUAGCGACGAUGAGGUGAUUAAACAGUUUGCGAUCUCUGUGUCACGCUCGCAGAGUUUUCGUUCGGGGGUGUCUGAAAAGGCAACUCAGGCAGGUUCAGCACGUAAACCUAAAUUCAACCGCUUGCUGUCCAACCAUGAGGAGUACAGUACCGAGGCAUCUGAAUGCGAAGAACUGGAUGGGCUUAGCCAACUGAGUUUCCAAGACAACCUAGCCUAUCAUGAAGAUGACCACAUAUCUGUUGAUUCAAGAACUACCUCUGAGAGUAGGGGUACCAUGCAAGCCAAAGGCCCUGGAAUGGAAGCUAGCAGUGCCCAUAGCCUUAGCCAACAAGCCACAGAAGGGAGCUUGCAAAUGGAGACGGCGUUCAGCAACCAGAGAUUUGAAGGAAAUGACACAACUGACAGCUCAUCAGCUUGGAGCCCUGAGGAACAUGAUGGAGGGAAUAGUCUUCCAGCUCAUCAUAAUGCCCGUGAACCCAUUUCUAAAUGCGGUGACCUAGACGUCCUCCUCGAUUAUAAGGCCUCGAGCCAAAAGCUGCUGGUAACUAUCCUGGAGGCUAAGGAUAUCCCAGACAAAGAUCGCAGUGGUGUGAACACCUGGCAAGUUCACACAGUCCUGAUGCCCAGCAAGAAACAGAGGGGAAAGUCGAGUAUUCAGAAAGGACCCAUCCCAGUGUUCAAAGACAAAAUGACCUUUAAUAAGCUGGAGCCAGAGAAGCUGAGUAGCUACGCACUCAGGUUCCGUCUCUAUGCAGUGCACAAAAUGAUCCGGGAACAGAUGAUGGGGGAGCAACUGUUUUAUCUGAGGAGCCUAAACCAGGAGGGGGAAGUGAAGGUGACACUGGUUUUGGAGCCAAGGAGCGAUAUGAGUAGUGGAGACUCUCAGCUCAGUCUGUCGGCCGUCUCGCACAGUGAUAGCGCUUCUUCAGCACAGUCCCUGUCGCACGGAGGUGUACCAGAGCUGCUGGUGGGACUGUCGUACAAUGCUACUACCGGACGGUUGUCAGUAGAGAUGAUCAAAGGCAGCCAUUUCCGCAACCUUGCUAUUAACAGGCCGCCCGACACCUACGGAAAACUCUGCCUCCUCAACUCCAUGGGCCAGGAGAUGUCUCGUUGCAAGACAUCCAUCCGUCGAGGCCAGCCAAACCCCAUCUACAAGGAGACGUUCGUCUUCCAAGUUGCCCUGUUCCAGCUUUCUGACGUCACGCUGAUGAUCUCCAUAUACAACCGGCGCAGCAUGAAGCGCAAGGAGAUGAUAGGCUGGAUUUCUAUGGGUCAGAACAGCAGUGGAGAAGAAGAACAAAACCACUGGCAAGAAAUGAAAGAAACAAAAGGGCAGCAGGUCUGCAGGUGGCAUACCUUGCUGGAAUCCUAAUGGUCUCUGAGCUCCAGGGACUGCCCACUGGACCCUCCCAUAAUCACCCCCCUGAAAGCAGCCAUCCCAUAGCAAACAUUAUGAACCAGCCGGGUCUAUUUUAACUGAGAUUUUAAAACCCAGCACACUCAGUGAAUGUAGGUGCUGGGGCCCGGUGAGCAAAUUUACCUGUUGCCUUUGAGGGUUUUCGUACAUUUUCUCACCCAAACAAUCACCGGAAGGGAAGUGGUUAUGAAAAACACAAAGCUACUUUUACCCUCUUGUCGUCAAUGCCUCAUUGAUCUAAAUUGCUUUUGAUGCUAUUUUCUUCUGGUGUCAUGUCUUUCUCCCACCUCCAUUCCUGUUAUUGAUGUAUGCAAAUGUUCUUGCUACACAGAUGACGUCAUUAGUCUAGCACUGCAUGCCACUCACUGUUCCGUUUACUACAGUGUUUCUAAAUCCUAGAGAUAAACAUCUGAUACCACUUAAGACUGAUUAAUAUAUUUUCAGGUAGCAUGGGGAAGCACUGAAGAUUUCUCUGUAAACUGUUAAGUGCCUAGAGAUUGCCAUUACUUUCUUGUAUUAGUGAUGAUCUUAUUUACUAGUAUUUGAAGUAAGCAUGUUUCCUUUCUUGUGCAACCUAUAUCCUCAGAUGUUUGUAUGAGGUGACGGGUGUCAAUUUAACAUAGUAGUUAUAUAAUGCAUGUCUUAGAUGCUGCCUCAUGGCUUCUAUUUUUGUGGAAACAAAACAACAACAAAAGAGAGAGAGACCAAAACAAGCUGCACAUCCGCCUUUGUGCCUAAACUAUGAUUAUUCUAGAUCAUUGUUCACUCUUCUUAUUUUAUUCUUAAUAUGAGGUUCGCUUGGAAGAACGAUUCUGUGCAUAGUAGGGUUUCUUGUUUCUUUUAUCUUUCAAUGACUGUGUUAAAUCGGCUCCAAGUAAAAAGUGUUUUUCAAGCAUCCUGUAAAAUAUUCCAGGGAUCUGAAAGUCAAGGUGAAUUCUUAACUUCUCUGACAUCGCGAGGAGGGAUCUGCAGGCCCCAUGGUGCUAUCACUUCCCCUUGUGUGAACCCACCUCAAGCAGUGAUGUCGAUGCACAAGAAGGACUAGAAUCCCACUUGCUCUCUUAGAGGUGUUGGCCCUGGAGGGCUAACAGAAACGAAAAGUAUGAGAGUUCACACCCAUGUCUGCAUACUCACAAAGGGCAGAUCUGCUGAUUAAAGGGAGGUGAUCUUUACGUAGUCGUGCUUCAGAGCGUAGCGACACUUUCAGUUUUAAUCUUUUUCCUGCCUUCAAAAUGAGUUAAACCCAGGGCUGGCAGUAGAUAGGGGAAGAAGGCUAAUUUUGUUUCUUGAUUAUUGAUGGAUCCAGUACUAGUUGUUGCCAAGCAAUAGGAGCCAUGACCCUAGUGCACAGAGCCAUGCAAUAAUUGUACUGGUCUUACCAGAUGAAGAUAGGUGCCAGAUCCCUAAAUAAUUUCAAGUAACACCUAUUGUACAGUCUUUAACUUAAACCCUUCAGCUGGCAUCUCUCCAUUCCUACUGACCAUAGUGAAGCACAAAAAUACUUGACUGCAAAAGGCUUUCAAAUUUGAUUCAUAGUUUCUCUUUUUCUUUGUUUCCCCAAUUUAUAGAGAAUUAGGGCCAGAUUCUGCUCUGUGGCACCACUACGAAUCUCACUGACUUCACUGGGGCUAUUCAGGACCUAACAUAAGCCUCAGCUUUGGGCUGCAUCUGAGCUAUGGUCAUUGCAUCUCAGGUAAUGGUGGGAGGACAGCUGGCCGGGGUCAGCUCUGUCCCCACAGGGCCAGUCCAGCAGAUGGGAAUUGCCAGCAUGAGGGCCACACAGUCUUUCCUCUGGCUGUGCUUCUGUUCUGCUAUAUUAGCUCCUUUGCACCUGGAGAUUCUCCCUUGUGGGCGGAAUAUCCUCUGCUCCCUAGUUAAGCUGGCAUUACAGCUGCUGUGCACCACUGGAGCAGCACAAAGCAGCCAGAGCUGGAUCUGGCCCAUGUAAUCUAGCAAACAAAUUCCUUUUUGGCUGCAAUGCUCAUGCUAUUGAAUCACUGACUGAAAGGAAAAAGGAGUUCAGCUGAGCAGUUAAGUGAUAAAUCCUGCAGUCUGGGACUUAUUACAUGUUUCUAAUAUACUUCCCUUCAGGAUAAAAGCACAGUAAGUGGCCCUGCUUAAUGGCAGUAGUCACUGUGUUUAGGUAUGUUGUGUAAUUUUUGCAUCAUUUUUCUCUGACCUGCACAAAAUGUACAUACUAGUGUUUUUUUUAAAUAACUGUUCUAUGCACGAUGUGUGCAUAAUACUGAACUUAGCAUUUUGCUUAUUAACCUACUACUGCACAUGCAAAAUGUGAUAUGUGAUUAUAUAAUUCUAAAGGGGAGUUACAUAUUGAUACAAAGUUUCAGCCACUAGUGAAGAUACACAUGAUAACCUAUCUGUGAUGUUUUUAAACUCCAUCCUCACGCAGCCUGGGAGAAGAUGAUUUUUCAGAGGCAUGAAGAUAACUGGUUUGGGACUUCCGCAACAUUUCACACCAACUUCCAUUUUGAAGUUACAUUAUAAAGGGAAAUUGAUUUUAAAAUAUAUAUACACUGUAGAAAAUAGUUGGCCACAGUACAGCAAAAUAUGUAUUUUAAUCAAAACAAUUAAUUUUUCAUACUUGGCUAAGGUAUUUGGGGUGAGGGAUAGGUUUUUUGUAACAAUUGUUAUGGCAAUGAUUUUUCGUGGUACCUUCCAAGGAAAAUUGCUCAAUGGGUAAAUGGGUGCCAAGAAUUAUUUAAACCCUGUUAAUCAAUAGAAUGGUUCAGUCCAGAGCAUCACAUUUUUGUGGUUCAUCUCGUUUCUGCUGAAAUGUGGAGAAAUUUUAGUAGCAUUGGAGCAGACUUCCCUGUCAGUGCUUCCUCUGACAGGUUUAUGUUCCUUUUUUGUUGCACUACUAUUAAUUACUUGCUUCUCUGAUUUUUCUGUUGAGAUUAAGCUGAUUAUUCAGCAGCAGCAUGUUCCCACCUGAGCCAGUGUCCCCUGUCCUACCCGGCUCUUUGCAGAGAUGUCUUGGAUUCAGUUAUUACUCGUAUUGAUGAAGUUGACCACGUGCUCACAUUUUGUAUUGUGCAAAGCUGACUGCAGUUUGUCAUUUCCCUAACCUCUUUCCCCCCACAAAAGUGGCUGAGCAGGUUGAUAGAUGAGUCUUUGGAAAUGCUUCCAUUUUUUGACACCACCUUUUGAUGCAUUUUAUUCGGAUUUCUGCUCAGCACUUAGCUCAGAAAUGGCAAUGACUGUAGGCCUGUAUUUCUGUGCUCUCCAUCCCUGGGAGGAUAGAGGAUCCUGUGAUGCAGAGAGAGGAAGAGAGAUACCAAUCCUUUAUCCCACAGGACCCCAGGGCAGGGCUUGGCUAGGGCUGCAGAACACCCAGUGAAGUGAAGCAAAUGGUGGGCUAAGGUUAAGUUGCUACAGUGUCAGUUCACAGUGACUUCCCCUUAUGCUCUUGUUUUUCGAUAAUCUGUGCCCAGUUUAGCCCUGUUGACCAGACUCUUUGUAUCCUACUUGGAUUUUUCUUUCCUUUUUAAAAAUUCAUAGUAUUCUUAAAAGGGGAGGAAGUAAUUGCACCACUCGAGCCAAGCAUGCUGUGAGUAGGUUCUCUGAAAACAUUACUUGAUCUCUGCCAGUCCACCUUUCCCAGCUGUGACCUCUUCCUUUCUGGAGUCUCUCCUCAGCAGAAACUGCCAGUCAUGGUAGAAUCUCUGCUUUGUUUUUGUUUUGUUUUUAUAUGUGCACCAGUGACAUUGUUUUUAUAUGUGCACCAGUGACAGUGCAUCGGGUGAGCCACCAAAUGUAUUUUCUCUUAGAGUAAUUUUGAAUUUUAAUUGAGAUCCCCAGAGAUGAGACCGAGGGCUUGUCUGCAUAUGAAAGCUAAUCUGGAAUAAGGUAGUGUGUAAAUAUAAAGAGAAUUAACUACUCUGAUAAACUCCUUGUGUGGAUACACUUAUUCUAGAAUAAGAGUGCCUUAUUCUGAACUAUAGUGUAAUCCAGUGUGUUCAAAUAAUACAGAAUAAAGCACUCUUAUUCUAGAAUAAACUUCAUGUGCAGACGUUCUUAUCCAGAAUAACAUUACUUAUAGACAGGUUUCAGAGUGGUAGCCGUGUUGGUCUGUAUCAGCAAAAACAACGAGGAGUCCUAAUAAAUUUGUUAGUCUCUAAAGUGCCACAAGGACUCCUCGUUGUUUCUACUUAUAGAGAAGCCCUAAUCUGCUAAUGAACUGGACCCCAGAGCUGCCUAUUUGCAAACGUUUUGUCUGGACUGUCUCACUUUCUUAGAUUGAUUGUUUUUUUCCAUCAAUGCCUUAAUUACUUUCAGCAGUUAUUUCUCUAACUUGGCCUGUUACCCCAAGAUUCUGCUGUGCUACAGCUUUGUUCCUUUAAUGCUCUGAGUUUCCUGUGUUUUCCUUGGGGGCUAAUGUUUCAGUGGUUACAGUCUCUUGGAUCUGCAGACAAUACGCGGAUGUAUUUUUAGCUCCUGCAGAUCCUACGAAGCAGCUUGAUGCUUUUACAUAAUUGACUGAUAUUCAGUCAUGAAUGUCUUCAGAUGUUCUUGAACUCAAAGAACUAAACACUGCCAGCUGCUAUUGAUUUUUCCCUUCAGCGUAGAGUCUCAGGUGACAUCUUGCGGAGGGAGAGGGUUUCCUUUGGUGGCAGGCCUCUAUUCUUCAGAUACAGCUGGUGAUGACCUUGGAGCUGGCUUUCUUUGUUGCUGCUGUUUGUUUUUUUUUUUUGUCAGUCCCACAGUUGUUAUCAACUUUAAUACGAUAACUGGUGAGCAAAAAGAUGAAGUGAAGCAAUCUGUUACCCUUCAACAUGAGUAGCUAACAUAUAGCUGGAGAGUGGGAUAUGGCCUUCGACAUUCUGUUACCCUGACACUGUUUCAUUGUCUCCUAGGAAAGCAGUGGGUUAAUCAGGGCUGGUGCAAGGAUGUUUCACGCCCUAGGCGAAACUUCCACCUUGCUCCCUCCCCCGUCCCC